CGAUCGAUCUAUUUGUAUAAUAUCGUGAAAUGCUAACGUUUUUAAUCGUUCAACAGGUAUUGAUUUGAUCAAUAUAAACUUUUAAACUAAACUAUUUUUAAAACUGAACUGUUUAUGGACAAUCUCUUCGUAGAUCAUUCACACUUUAUUCCCAUCUCGUGUUUAUAACAAUAUUUAGUGAAGUGCAUAGCCUUAAUUGGAUUGAGAGGUCUUUGUAAGACCAGAUCAGAACAUUUAAAGACAAGUAUGUCAUCUUCCGGGGGUGAACAUCACCUGCGGUAUAUGCUGUUGUUGGGAGAAGGGGUCCCAUUUGUGCUGAGAAGUCUGAUUAACAGAGAAUUAAACACCUGUAAGAAAUCAUUGUCUGAUAUCUUAACAGCAAAGGAAAACGAUAUGCGUGAAUUGUUCAAACAUGAUAGUCAAUUUAAGAAGCUCUAUCCAUCAAAAGGUCACGUCAAUACGGAUUUAGAAUCAUGGGACAUUGGUUUACUGUCGGAAAUUCUUCUAGAUCUUUUCGGGCAAGAUUUGACCCUUCAUGAGCGCAUCCAAAUAAAGUCCUUUGGUUACUCCCGCAAUGAUCUGAUUCAUAGAUAUUUGGCAGUCUACGAGGAGCAUGAAUUUACCCGUGACAUGUCAGACCUCGUCGUGGUUCUACUCAGUUUGUCUGCGAAAAUUGGCCAAGAAACAUAUGACAGAUGCCAGGAUCUGAUAAAAGAUUCAGCUCAUGCAGAAAUUGCAGAACUAAUGGUACGCCUCAGAGCUUGUCAUGAAUACGAUAACAAAAUGGUCGCAGAAAUUGAUGGCAGUGUCAAGGCCAAACGACUAAAACAUGAGAAAAACACAUCGAAUCCAAUUGAGGAAAUGAAAGAGUACGAAUUUAUGUUGCGAAGGUUCGAGGAAUCACUGACAAAACCUAGGCUGAAAGAAGGUAUCGACUUUGCAUAUGAGCAUGUUAUUGAGGCACGUAUAGAAAUUCGUUCUCAGAAGGCCGAGAAUGUCACCAAAGGAACACUUCUAUUAUUAAAUGCCUUCCACGUGGUCCUUGGAAAAGUUGCCCAGAAUCAAAGACCAAAUGUAAUCAGGAUAACGAGCGAUGCGAUGGUGGACGCUGCACGAAAUCUCACGAAAAUCAUACAAAGUAUUGACGGAGCCUCUAUUCAUGAAGUCUUAUACAACCAUGUCCUUUUAAAUAUUAAAUGUGCCAGUGCCCGGUCCAUGAAGAAGGUGCUGAAAAAAUUGUUUGCGUCAGAUUUCAAAGCUGUACUUACCGACAUUUCGGAAACUUUAAAGAAAGAAUUUGGAGGAAACAUUCACGUCAAAUGUCAUGUAAUGGAAUCAAGUAUAACAGAAACAGAAAAUCAUUUGAGUGAACAAGGUUUGGUUAUAGGCACGUAUGAUGAUUUGAGCUGUAGAUCUGGCCAUGCACACCCUAUCGUGAUGUUUUGUAACGACGAUGAGCAGUUUUGUUGUCAUAUCUGCGCAUUGCGGCAUCACAGAGCAUGUCCUGGACUUAGACAGACAACACAGGCUGAGAAAAUCAACUAUGCUAAGACAGAUGUCAAAGAAUAUAAUGCCAGAGUGGAACUUGAUGAUGCAAUAUGCUGGAUCAAUGGAAUUUGCGCCCUCCCAAAUGGAGACCUUCUAUUCAUUGAUGAAAACAACAAACGUCUAAAGAAGUUCGACAGCACAUUUAAUUUCGUCACCCAGAUUGAGCUUCCUAAUGCACCAUAUGACGUGUGUUAUAUGGAAAACAACCAGGCAGCCGUUGGGUUAUGGGGAAAAACAAUACAGAUAAUGAAUGUCAAGGACAACUUGGUAGUAGAAAAUAGCUUCGAGCUUGAGCAUUCCAUUCUUGGUCUGAUUUACAAUAAGAAAAAAUUCUUUGUUACUGAUGAAGGAUUCGUGUACACGUAUAACAGUGAUGGAUCGGGAAAACAUCUUCUAUAUAAAUCAAAUGCAGAAUUGGUUUGCUUUUCAAAGUUGACCUUAAGUGCGGACGGCGAGAAACUGUUUAUCGUCGAUGGUUAUGGGGGUCUCGAAACCAUUGAUAGAAAAGGUAAUCAUCUAUUUACCUUAAGAGAACAGGAGCUAAAGAUGUCAAGAGGAAUAAGUUUGUCAAUGGACAAAACCCUGCUUGUAUGUGAAUAUGAGUCCAGCACCGUGUUGCAUUUGGAUGCAGAUGGUGAGAAGAUUUUCGGAACUGUCCUCAAUAAAUUGAAUGGUGCAAAGCGGCCAACUGCACUGUGGUGCGAUAAGAAAAGAUCAAAGCUGAUAGUAUGUCAGAGAGACAAAAACGAAUUCCUCGUCUAUAAUCUAGGAUAAAUCUAACUGCCCCCAUCCAUCUGGCUUCUGUCUUACUUAUAUACUAUACGAUUGAGGCCACAUGCUAUAUGACAAAGACAUGCUUUAAGUUUAAUUCACCAUAGAGAAGUGCAUUAGACCAUCAUCUUGAAACGACAAAACAGAAAAUUCAUGACUAAAUUUUUGCGUGCAGAUUUUGUAAAUACAUGUAUUUCUUUUGAAUAAAUACAUUUCUGCUUUGUAAUUUAUAAGAUAUAUUAAUUUUGUUUAUAUAUGACCAUUUAGCGAAUAAUAUAUAUACUUUACCUUUG